GCAAUUGUUGUCUACUACUUUGAAAUAAUUUGGGGUUUAAUUAUGGAUUUAUCUUACAUUUCGUGUCUACUGGUUUUAAAUGUUUUGAACUUUUCACUUUUUUCUUUUUAUAUACGUGUAUUUGUUUCUAUGUUUGAUUAUCGUGGAAGUUUUUUACAGUAGCUUCUUGGUAUUAUCAGUGAUGCAAUCAUAAUUUGGAGCACUAACUUUUUGGGGAAAAAUUUAUUCCUUUUUUAUUUUUUCACUUAUUUUGUUAAGCUUGGAUUUAUUGGUAAUAUUUUAUUUGAGCUUACUUCAAUUUAUAUGACUUUGUGUUUAUAUCAGGUAUGAAACUUUUCAAUUUGGUUAUGAUGAACAAGGUAUCGAUCUAGUUGCAGAAGGUUCAUAUGGGGCGCAAUUGAAGCAGAGAGAGGAAAUCUAUGUCAUGACUCAUGAUUGUCCAAUACAUAAUUUGGGGCAAAGUGAAAUAUAUACAAAUAUAUAAUGAUGAAGACAACCCUUGAUGUGGUAGCAGGUUCAAUCAGGGCUUACCAGACUCCAAUUUCCAAAGCUAAGCGAGGAGGGUAUAAGGAUACUCUAGUUGAUGAUUUACUUGUAGUUGUUUUAAAGGCCAUGAUAGAGAAAACAAAUCUGGACCCAAGUGAAGUUGGGGAUAUAGUUGUUGGUACUGUUUUGCCACCUGGUUCACAAAGAGCGACAGAGUGCAGAAUGGCAGCAAUCUAUGCUGGUUUUCCUGGAAAAGAAAAUCUCUAUUUCACCAUUGAAGAUCUGCCCCUACUUGCUUCUCUUCUGGUCAUCUUGAGUGUCUCUAGUCAUCUCUAAAGUUCUUGGUCAACUAUGUCUCAUAGUCUACUCUAUUGGAAGGGUAAGUUCUCCAUUCUUUUUGUCCUCUGCUAUACUUUAAUGCCCUGAAUGUUGAUAUUUUUGUAUUGUGCAAAUGAGGUUCACCAUUAUUUUCAGUUUACUUUUGGCAACAGUGCUAGCUAAAUUAUUUUUAUUUUUCUGAAAUGAUUUUUUGAGAUAGUGUUUCACAGUACAGAUUGAAGAUAAAAACUGAAAGCUUUUGUGAUAGUUUACCAUAUACAGAUUUAUGAUCUAUUAGUUUAAGUUUUCGAGUC